AGCAUCCUCUUGAUCACACACUCUGCGGUUGCCAAUGCUCCCCUCCACGCUGUCAUGUACUUCACCGCAGCGCGUCCACCAGCUUCUCCCAUUUUCCACGGCCACAGCCGCCGCCAUCGCCGCCAAUUCCGUUCCCGCCCCAACCCUCCCUGAGUCGUACAAAAUCCAGCCUCCAGUAAAGCCCUGGCCCCACAGACUCAACCCGAAGCUCUUAGCAUCCCUGAUCACGCGCCAGCACAACCCCGACCUCUCCCUCCAAAUCUUCCACUACGCCCAGAACCACUACCCUCACUUAUCCCACAACCCCCAAACCUACCAAGCCAUUUUCCUCAAACUCUCACGCGCCCGACUCUUCCCCCAAAUCGAGUCCCUCCUCACGCGCCUCCCUUCUCAAUGCGGCGAGGAACCUCUCCUCACCGUCAUCCGCGGCUACGGCCUCGCCGGGAAACCCGAAAAUGCCCUCAGAACCUUCCUUAGACUCGAAUCCCUUGGUGUCCAACCCUCCAUUAGGUCCCUGAAUGCUCUUCUCAACGCAUUGGUUCAGAACAGACGGUACCGUUUGGUGCAUUUGGUGUUCAAGAGUUGUAGGGAUAGAUUUGGGGUUGUGCCCAAUGUGGUUAGCUUUAACAUCUUGCUCAAGGCGCUUUGUAAGAAAAACGGGGUUGAUGUUGCGGUUCGGGUUUUGGAUGAAAUGAUUGCAAUGGGUGUGGUGCCUAAUGUGGUUAGUUAUACCACUGUUUUGGGUGGAUAUGUGUGGAGGGGUGAUAUGGAUAGUGCAAUUAGUGUUUUUGGUGAGAUUUUGGAUAGAGGGUGGGUGCCUGAUGUAACUACUUACACUGUUUUGAUGAAUGGGUUUUGUAGGUUAGGGAGGUUGGUUGAUGCAAUUAGGGUUAUGGAUGAGAUGGAGGAGAAUGGGGUUGAGCCUAAUGAGGUUUCUUAUGGUGUUAUGAUUGAGGCUUAUUGUAAGGCGAGGAAGUCUGGGGAAGCGGUUAACUUGCUCGAGGAUAUGCUUGGGAAGGGUUAUAUCCCGAGUUCGGCGUUGUGUUGUAAGGUUGUUGAUUUGUUCUGCGAGGAAGGGAAUGUUGAGAGGGCUUUAGAGGUGUGGAGGAGGCUUUUGAGGAGGAAUUGUCGGCCUGAUGGUGCGCUUGUGAGUACGAUUGUGCAUUGGCUUUGCAAGAAGGGGAAGGUGUUGGAGGCAAGGAGCAUGCUUGAUGAGUUGGAAAGUGGGUCGGUUGCGAGUCUCUUGACGUAUAACACACUGAUUGAUGGGAUGUGUGAGAGAGGAGAGCUUUGCGAGGCAGGAAGGCUGUGGGAUGACAUGGUGGAAAAGGGUCGUGCUCCUAAUUCUUUUACCUAUAAUGUGUUGGUUAAAGGGUUUUGUAAGGUUGGCAAUGUGAAGGAGGGUGUCAGGCUUCUGGAGGAGAUGUUGGAAAGUGGUUGUUUGCCUAACAAAUUGACCUACUCAAUAUUGAUUGAUGGGCUUUCUGCUUCAGGUGAAAUGAAAGAAGAAAUUGACAAGGUAGUUUCACUGGCUGCAUCAACUGGAGUUGAUGGUGAAUUGUGGGAUCUUUUCUUAAAACAUGUUGUGGGCAAUUUAGAUGGCAAUGCAGCUGAACUUGAUAGGAUAUUAAUAGAGAAUGCAGUGUCAUAAUGGAAACUUUUUGGGAUGUGUUGUUGUAUCUGAUUUGGAAGGUGAUGUGAUGACAAAAGGAGAUUGAACGCAGGGCAAUUUUAUCUGAUGCAGAGGUAUUCUUAUAGCUUGUAUGCUCUCCAGUUAGUGAACUACGAAGUGUUAAUCAAUUGACUGACUGGGAACAUUUCUUUACUGGAUUUUUGUCCAUAAUUUGAUCAAUUACAAUGGCAGACCAUUAUGGUUGCUCAUCAACCCCAAGUUUCUUCAUUACAAAAUUUAAUCAUCAUCUUCAUCCCCUUCGACUUAUGGAAAGUUCAUUAUAAAAAUAUGGUGACAUGGGUGGGCUAUGUUUUUGUUGUCUGCCCAAAGCUGGGAAUGAAUU